AAGCUAUCAAACAGCCGUUUGCCUCUUUCCGCCUGUCAAAGAAUUCGUAUCGGCAGGUUGGCAGCGCAUUGACAGCUCUGACAGCCUGACAGCCAUGUUCUAAAACAGUUUUUUGAAGAAAGAAGAAACAAAACCGAAAAAUCAAUUUGAUGCCAAACAGAAACAAAUUAAUAUGCCGUUAGCAAAUUCGGUUGAGCCAUGGCAAAUUCAACACGCCGAUACCGAGCUUUUGGAGUGUCCAGGUCCCUAAGAAUAGUGUCUUCUCAAUCUGGAGAUGCUGAUGAAGCGGUUGGAGUGGACGAAGCGGCUGCAGCCGAAGGCGAGCAUGAGUUUGAGUUGGGGGAGUUGGUUCGAAAUGGCCACGAUAAGGCCGACCCUUCGCAAUUUGAGCUGCUUAAAGUAUUGGGAGAGGGUUCGUUCGGCAAGGUCUUCCUUGUACGCAAGGUGGUGGGGACGGAUGGCGGGAAACUCUACGCCAUGAAGGUUCUAAAGAAGGCUACUCUGAAAGUCCGGGAUCGUCAUCGCACUAAAAUGGAACGAAACAUUCUGGUGGACGUGGAGCAUCCUUUUAUUGUUAAACUUCAUUACGCGUUCCAAACGGCCGGUAAAUUGUAUCUUAUUUUGGAUUUUCUGAGAGGAGGGGAUUUAUUUUCGAGGCUUAGUAAAGAAGUGAUGUUCACCGAAGAAGACGUGAAGUUUUACUUGGCGGAGUUGGCGUUGGCUUUAAACCAUUUACAUAGUUUAGGAAUUAUUUAUAGAGAUUUAAAACCUGAGAACGUUUUACUGGAUGCUGAUGGACACAUCGCGUUGACUGAUUUCGGACUGUCCAAGUUACCUUUAGAGGAGGGAAAGGCGUAUAGUUUUUGCGGAACGGUUGAAUACAUGGCCCCAGAAGUGGUAAACAGAAAAGGUCAUUCUUUUGCCGCUGACUGGUGGUCGUUCGGGGUUUUAAUGUUUGAAAUGCUGACUGGAAGUUUACCUUUUCAAGGUGCCAAUAGGAGAGAUACCAUGACACAAAUAUUAAAGGCAAAGUUAGGAAUGCCUGCUAAUCUUAGUCCUGAAGCACAAAGUCUUUUGAGAGCUCUCUUUAAACGAAAUCCUGCGAAUCGCCUUGGGGCUGGCCCUGGCGGCGUGGAGGAUAUGAAAAAGCACGAAUUUUUUGCCACAAUCGAUUUCGAAGCCCUUCUUGCCAAAAAAAUUAGACCGCCGUUUCAGCCAGCGGUGUGCGGACCAGACGACGCAUAUUUUGAUUCGGAAUUUACUAGUAAAACUCCGCGGGAUUCUCCCGGAGUUCCAGCAAGUGCCAAUGCUCACGAACUUUUUAGAGGGUUCAGUUUUGUUGCACCAUGUCUGUUAGAGAACGGCAACGUUCCGAAAAAAGUUACGACCGAAACUCCUUUCAAGAUGAUGCGAACCGUGGAACGAAAUUUCUUUGACGACUACGUACUUUUAGAUCGGUUGGGCGCCGGAAGUUAUAGUGUUUGCAAGCUGGCGCGGCACAAGGCGACGGGACAACAGUAUGCGGUUAAGAUAAUAAACAGAACCCAGUGCGAUUGCCGCGAAGAAGUUGAAAUUCUGAUGCGGUACGGUCACCACCCCGGUAUUGUCAGUUUGAAGGGAGUUUACGAAGAAGCUGGUAAAAUAUACCUCGUUCUACAACUUCUACGAGGCGGAGACUUGUUGGAUUACAUGAUGGCAAAAAAACACCUAACGGAACAAGAAGCGGCGGCCAUCUUGAAAACUCUAGCCACCACAGUGGCAUAUCUACACGAAAAUGGAGUGGUCCACAGGGAUUUAAAACCAGCAAAUAUUUUGUUUGCCUCAGAAGACUGCACACCUGAUAGUGUGACAAUCUGUGAUAUGGGUUUUGCCAAACAGUUAAGAGCAGACAACGGCCUUUUAAUGACUCCAUGUUACACGGCGAAUUUCGUGGCUCCCGAAGUACUGAAACGCCAAGGCUACGACGCCGCCUGCGACAUCUGGUCCCUCGGUGUGAUCCUCUACAUAAUGUUGUCCGGCAGAUGCCCCUUCAGCACCGCCCCCAACGACAGCCCUCAGCGCAUCCUCCAAAGAAUCAGCUCGGGAAAGCUCGACUUACACAACGGCCGUUGGAGCAGCGUCUCCCAGGAAGCCAAGAUGCUGGUGACCGACAUGCUGCACAUCGGGCCGCAGCGCCGCCCCACGGCGGCCCAACUAGUCAAGCAUUCGUGGCUGGCGGCGGCGACACCGGCGCUGUACCACACCCAAACACUGCAAGCGAACACCAGCCAGAACGCGGCGCCGGACCAGACGGGGGCGCACCUGAAGGAGACGGUGGCGGCCACGUUCAGGGCCAUCGCGACGUCGCCGCAGGUGGCGCACCUGGGGCCGGUGGCCAUGUCGGAGUUGGCGCGGAGGCGCUUUCGGGAUAAAGCGCUGAGCAGGGUCCAGCAGAGUUCAUAAUGUUCGGUCAAUUAUUAGGUUAUGUGCAAUUGAUCCGUUGGAGGCGAGGUCCGCCCGAGUUUGAGUUUUCAUUUUUUUUAUAUCAUUUUUGUGAGUCGAAAUAAAUUAGAGCGUUGCAUAUCA